AGGCAUAUUUGUCAUGUUUGUGCGGAGGGUUUGAGACUACGACAAUAUAUCUUCGGUUUUCUAGUGCUAGCUAAGUGUGUUCUAAACAUUGGACCCAUAUUACGAAAAGAGGAAAAUGUCAUGUGCCAAGGCGAAUCGUUCUGAAAGGCUAAAGUAAGGUGUGUCACAAGGGCGUGUCCACCAUGCGACUCCCUCCCCUCCCCACAGUGUCGGAGAUUGUCCACCUGUAUCAGCUGACCGCUCGUAAACAGCUGGCUCAGAACUUCCUCCUGGAUAUGAACCUGACGAGGAAGGUGGUGCGGAAAGCUGGCAGUUUGAAGGGAGGAUUUGUGUGUGAGGUUGGCCCUGGACCAGGGGGGAUAACUCGCUCCAUCUUGAAUACAGAUGCCAAACAAGUUGUGGUUGUAGAGAAGGACAGGAGGUUCAUACCAGGGUUACAGAUGUUAGCGGAUGCCUGUGAAGAUCGAAUGAAGAUAGUUCAUGGAGACAUCUUGCAAACCAAGAUGGAGCAGAUAAUCCCAGAGACUUAUAAAGUUCCAUGGGAGGACAAUCCACCAAAUGUCCACAUUAUUGGCAACCUGCCAUUUAAUAUCUCCACGCCUCUGAUUGUGCAGUGGCUGGAGGACAUUGCCAGUCAGUCAGGGGCAUGGUCAUAUGGUCGGACAAAGUUGACCUUGACCUUCCAGAAGGAAGUGGCUCAGAGAAUGGUGGCGCCCAUUUCUUCUGACAUGAGAUGCCGUCUGUCAGUCAUGUGUCAGUAUUUGUGUGAUGUCAGCAUCAAGUUUGAAAUACCAGGUAAAGCUUUUACACCUGCACCCAAGGUGGAUGUGGGCGUGGUGCAUUUUGUGCCGCUUGUGAAGCCCCGAAUCAAUCUGCCGUUCAAGAUGGUGGAGAAAGUGUGUCGACACGUGUUCCACUACAGGCAGAAGAUGAUCAAACAUUCAGUCGCAACCUUGUUUCCUGUGGACAUGCCGGAGCUGACUGCCGAGAUGUUUGAGAGGAGUGACCUUGACCCCUCUUCUCGUCCACCAGAACUCAAGAUGCAGGAUAUAAACAAACUGUGCAAUGCCUACAAUGAAAUUUGCCACCAGCAUCCUUUCAUAUUUGACUUUGACUAUAGAUCAAAGAAACAUGCAAAGUUAUGGCGAAGAGGACGCAAUACUUUGACUGAAAAGUUGGAAGAAAGAAUUUCAGUUGAUUUACCUGACAGUUCUAAUUAUACUGAGGAGAUACCUGCGAGGUAGCAGGUGUCAGUGGAGGAGAAGGGAGAGGAGGAGAAGGGAGGGGAGUAGCAGGGAGGAAAACAGAGAUGUGAAGCUGAGAAACUGGAGAUUGACGUGAAAUAGCAAAGGAUGGGAGAGGAGAGGCCAAGAAGGUGCAUUAGUAGAUCAAGGAUAUUAAAUACAGCUAUUUUAUGUUAUUGUUCUUAUGGCGGGUCAUGUCAGGCACAUCUAUAAGCCUAAUAUCAUGAAAUAAAGUGUUGCCUUUUUUGUACAAAGUUGAAAAA